AAAAAAGAAUCAGACGAACGCAAAUUUUAACAAAAAUUUUCGAGCAGAUGAAAUUGUCUGCUGACGCGCAAAUAAUGUAAUAAAUAAAUUAAUAAUCAAACAAAACAAAAAUACAAUCCGUUACCUGCACGCGAAACUAAUUGCAAAAUGACUGAAAUAAAGGAAAUUGUGAUUAUUGUAAAAUGGAGUGGCAAAGAGUAUCCAGUAACAGACCUGACCGACCAGGACACCGUCGAGGUGCUCCGUCACGAGAUCUUUCGAAAAACACAAGUGCGACCGGAACGUCAAAAGUUGUUAAAUCUGAAGUUCAAAGGAAAACCCGCGGCAGACAACAUUAAGCUGUGUGCUCUGGAGUUGAAGCCCAAUUUUAAGCUCAUGAUGGUUGGCUCGACGGAGGCGGACAUUGAGGACGCUUGCAGUCUGCCGGAUGAUAUUGGCGAGGUCAUCGAUGACUUCGAUGAUGCCGAGGAGCGCGAGGAAUCUGUGGAGAACUCUGCAGUGUAUCUGGCGAAGGUGCAGCGACGUGUGCGUGACUAUAAGAUAACGGAGCUGUCGCCGUCACGGGAGGGAAAACACUUGCUUGUCCUGGACAUCGAUUACACUCUGUUUGAUCAUCGCUCUCCCGCAGAGCAGGGAACAGAGCUGAUGCGACCGUUCCUCCAUGAGUUUCUCACCUCCGCAUAUGAACACUACGAUAUUGUUAUUUGGUCCGCCACCAGCAUGCGAUGGAUUGAGGAGAAGAUGCGACUGCUGGGCGUGGCAAAUAAUGAGAAUUAUAAAAUAAUGUUUUACCUCGACUCGAAUGCAAUGAUCUCUGUGCAUGUCCCGGAACGUGGUGUUGUGGAUGUAAAGCCAUUGGGUGUUAUCUGGGGAUUGUACAAGCAAUAUAGCUCCAAGAACACCAUCAUGUUCGAUGACAUACGCCGCAAUUUCAUGAUGAAUCCCAAGUCGGGACUCAAAAUACGUCCAUUUCGACAGGCGCAUCUGAACCGCAGCAAGGACAAGGAGCUCUUGAAGUUGUCCACUUAUCUGCGCCAGAUUGCCCAGUACUGCAAAGAUUUUAAUCAGCUCAAUCAUCGUAAAUGGGAGCACUAUGAUCCCAAGAAAAGCUCUUAAUUGUAUUUACACUUGUAAGAUUCUCUUAAUUUUAUUCAAUUAAAAUAAUUUUUUAACGCA